CUGUUCGUUAACUAUCCAAAUGAGUACAUUUUGUGUAGUGCGACGUGCCCUCUUUUAUCCCUCAUUUUUCUCCGUCUUCGAGUGCUUUUCGCUGUUCAGUUAGCACUCGUGUUGGCAGGUCCGAGGGUCCGCAGCUUGCCAUCUAACCUCAUCGCGUCGUGACUCGGCUGCUGCUGUUUACGUGUUUUAUUUGAGGCAAGUUCUUGUACGUCUACGGCCGCAACUGCUACUUUACUGUACUUCUCAUUUUCGGAAGACGAUAGAGGAUCUUUGCCUUUCCCUUCCGGCUUGUUUAUCUAAAUGUGAUUCCGUCGCAGCUCAGCUCGGCGCGAGGCACUUGCGCUGCAAGAAACGUGCAAGAAACGGCUGUGUAUCUGUCUGAGUACAGAACGUCGUUCGUUCCAGAUUGUUUUUGUCGUUCCCAACUUUUUCUUGCGUGUCACCCGCCUUUUUCUUUUUUUCCUGACGACUGUCACUCGAGGGUUAUGGUGUCCGGCAGGUGAACCGCUGCAGACAGGCGUAUGUAAGCCAAGCCAGACGUUUCCAUCCACGAAUCGUUUUUCUUCGUUUUUUCCCCCGUUACUUUGCGCUUACUCGAAGCGCCUAGUUUCCCCUUCCCAUUCGACCUUGCCUUCCGCUCGACGGCUCCCCGUUUUUCUUUCAGAUGCGACGCCUCCGCGGCCGUGUGGCUGGUGAUCCCGGAAUCGGCCUGCCGUUCUUGCUGCUUCUUGAAGCACACCCCAGACGAUUCCGGCGGCGCCUCGAAGCAGAAACAAAUGAACACCAUGCGUUAAUGCUACAGCGAUACUCAGGGUAAUCUUCGGCAAACGUCCGACUCCACUUUCAGCUUCUCCCCGCUCAGCCUCAGUCGGUUUUUGGCAUGGCUGCCGUCGAGUCCGCCUCUCGCCAGCCUCAGCCGUCGAUCCGGCUCUCCAUGGACAGAAAUGGAGUGGCUGUUGACGCCGGGUAUUUUCAAGAGGCGAGCGACGAUUUUCACCGGGGGCAUGAGGCAGACUACGACAGCCCCGGUGCCUCGUCCGUGACAAAGCACCUCUCUGGGGGAAACCGGACGGCCUCGAGGAAAACAGACGGAACUUUCCUCGAAGGGCACGAUACGCAGACUCCGAAGCCUUCCCCCGACGAACGGAAAGAGGACGCAAGCGAACAAGAUCAAAAACCUAGCGAACAUGGGGACAAACCUAACACAGGCGAGGAUCCGAAAGGUGACGACCAGAACGGGUGCGUUUGCCAGGAUGUAACUCCAAACAUUGGCGACAGUUGCGCAGACGUGAACGGUGAAGAAUCCAAAGGGAAUCGCUCGGUCCGGAGAGUGAUCCGCAUCUCGUCAGAUCACCGGCAGACUCGGAACAAAGUCUGCUCGGCCUUGGGGAACGGUAGAAGGACCGACAGCCGAGCCAAUGCCUCAGAGUCAGGGAACUCCCCACCCAGCAGUCACGCCAGAGGCAAGGUGCCCUGCUGCGGGAAACGUCGAGGCUCGGGUGGGAGGGAGUCUCUCUUGUCGUUUUGUCUCCCGAGAUCUCGCGCAUCUGCGCCAGGCGCUGCGGGCGAGAAAGUCGCAGGAUUCUACGUUAAAGACGUCGGGGAAGUUCUAAAAUUCCUUCAAGGAAAGGCCAGUGAACCGACUUUCCUGUUGAGGGAACCGCCACAGAAGACGCUGCUUUGGGCUCUCUCGGAUCCUCUUGUUCUUCUCUCGUUUUACCUACACUUGGAGGAGAUUCGCAUCGGGCGCAUUCUGACCGCGCUGGGGUACAAGUCUCCCAGCGAAACGGUCCUGAAAGCCAGCCCCUUUGGGUUUGUUUCUGGCGACCAGCUGCUUCUGCUCGACGUCCUUCACAGCCUGUUUUACUCGUGGAAGUUCAUUCCCAAGCCUCGGCGUCUCGAGUUCACGCAUCGCCUGGUGGAUCCUUGCCUGUUGGUUUUGCAACCGGCGGGGUUGAUCUCGCCUGCGCUUCUUCCGCCGAACUUGUCUCUGUCUGGCGCAAGCGCAGCCGGAGACACCAACAAGCAUCUGUUCCUCUCGUCCUACCACCGCUACCUGCACAAUUUCGAGAGCUCCAACCUGUCCUCUGAGCCUGGCCUGCUGGACAGAGACCCCGCAGGAGACGCCGGAGACAAGGGCACUGCGGGUCUCUCGGUGAUCGAUGAGAACUGUGAGGCGUCCCCGGCGCGGAAAGCGCUGGAGAAGAGCGCGAGAGACAGGGAGCAGACAGGCCGACCAGAAGGCGACAUGAAGAGUGACGGGCAGAGCCUGGCAGGCGGCGCAGCAGGGAGGCGCGAGAGAGGACGCGAGGAGGAGAGACCGUCGGGACUCGUCUGCCACAGGCGAGACGGGGCAACUCGCAGGCAAGUCGACGAGGUGGCGAAGUGCUCUGCGAGUAUCAAAGUUCUUCUUACCGGCUCGGACGGCCGUGAAAUGGAAGCUGCGAGAAUUGUCUUCCUCAGAACAUGCAUGGGCCUUCUCGUCCAGCAGCUGCUCCCCCCCUGGACGGACUUCGUCGCACGCAUCCUUCCGGACAUUCUUCGGGACAUCCACGACCCCAACGUUAUUGUUCAGAACGUGGUGAUGGACAAGCUGUGGCGUUUGCGAGGAGAAUUGGAGACGGCGACGGGGUUGCCCUGCGGCUUCGCCUCCUCUUCUCGCGCAUGCACUCACGCGGAUGGUGUGAUUCUGCACAGUCGCUCGGAAGUCGAUUCGCGCGAGGCCUCUUGCCACCGUGUGCGAGACGUCUCGACUUUGCCUUCGUGCUCGAGGCUCUCUGCAGACUCUCUGUCCUCACUGCCUCCGUCCGCAGACCGGCGAGAAAAAGAGGACUUCCGCAGCAAACGUUUCACCACCGAUAGGGACGAGAAAGAAAGCAGGAAGGGGACGCGCGACGACCGCAGAGACAAACGCGAGACCAGGGAAGGUGAAGCGCCCGCCUCUGUCCUCAAGGGUGCCGCGUCCCACCCUAGCGGGCGUAGCGAAGGUUGCGACGUAGCGGCUUUCUGCAGUCGGAACGAGUCGAGGAAGCGCAUGCACGUUUCUCUUGUGCGACCUAUGUCCUCAUCCGUUUCCGUCUCGAGCGCCUCGAGGGCUUCAACCACGUCCACCCUCCAACGCGCGGAUGAAGCCGACCGAGCCGCUGGAGACAAAACGAGAAGCAACGCCGAAAGGUCGUGCUCCUCGCUGUCUGGACCCCACACCCUAGGCACGACCCGGUUCCAGGAGCAAACCUCUUUCAAUGUCUCCAACCGAAAUGACACCUUGAAAAACAUGCUGUCGACCUCCUCCGCCUCCUCCGCCUCCUCAGCCUCCGCCUCGUCCUCUUCCGCCUCGUCCUCUUCCGCCUCGUCCUCAGUCUCCGCCUCAGCGUCGCGCCGCGAUCUCUCCCGUCCUACGGCCAUAUCCCCUUCGGGAUUUUUUUCGUCGCCUACGGGCGUCUCGCCUUCGGGACGCCGAGGUCCGUCGCCUUCGAGGGCCUCUUUGCCGCACCUGUGCAGUUCGCCGACGCGUCUCUCGCCUGUGGGUCAGGCGGCAGAGGCCCUCGAGGACUUUGCUCUGAUCAAUUUAUCUUCGAAGGCGGCGUCGUCUCGUGCGAACAUACCCAUAGGAUUGCGUCUGGUGAAAAGAAACGCCAUUACUCAGAAUGUCCUUCCUCGCAGCCGAGGCAACCGAGACGAAGGAGGCACCCCCGAUGUGGGAGGCAAUGCAGUCCGAGAGGACAGUCCGUUCUAUGCGUUGACCUUUGCAAUGAUGCUGGGUCUGCAAAUGAGCGGCGAGCUGAGUGCUUGCCUGGUGAUGCUGCGCCACAAGCUUGGAAGUUCAGUCGAUCUGGAGUUCCUGCUGGACGAACCUCUGCUUCUUCCCGUCCGACAGUUCCACUUUUGCUGCUACCCCCAACUGCCUCGGCCUUUCUUCUGCGUCUUUGAGGACCUCGCCCCCGAUACCUUCGAGUGUGCUCGAGAGCUCGCUGGAGUCACUGAACAGGAUUAUCGCAGCAGCAUGUGUCGCACAGAUUUUUCGUUCAUCGAGUUCGAGAGCAACAGCAAGAGCGGCCAAUUUUUUCUCUUUUCGCACGACGGAAAAUACCUCAUCAAAACCAUCGGUUUGAGAGAGGUCAAACAAAUGCUCAAGAUUCUUCCGGCAUACGUCGAUCACCUGCUGUCCAAUCCAAAUUCUCUGCUAACGCGGCUCUUCGGCUUGCAUCGCGUGGAGAUUUACAAGCGGUACAACCUCGAAGACGAAGACAUGCAAUCGGAAACCAACUGGGGACUUGGCGGGAUCGCGCACGGCUUGGGCGAGGCCUCGGCGCGGUCAGGAGUGCAGCUGUCGGAGCGAGAGCGUGAAGGACCUUCCCGACUAUGCCCGGGAGAAGAGUCGCCGGCGCAUGCAGAGACGCUGCCUGUCGGCGGGGAGGCGAGAGAAGCGUUCGGAUCCGAGGCGCGGACGGCAGGACGCGGGUGUCGAGAGGCGACGACCGACUCGUCUGCAGGGCACUGCGAAUCGUCGCCGAGGUCGCGUCGAACCUCGGCGGGAGGCGCCGAGUUUCACGAAGAGGAGGCGGCAGCGCCAACUGCCGGCAGGGCGGAGAGAGAUGCGAAGAAGGUCGAGAAAGGCUCUCUGAGGCACUUGCGCAACACGGUGAGGACGUCGUUGCGGCCUGUGCCCUCUGAACAGGCGAAUGGAGAGCAGUCCUCCUCCGGCUACGCCUUCACGAUUCCUCGAAGUGUACGAUACAGGCCGCGAGAGGAGCAGCCGACGGGGGAGGACCUGCGCUCGCGAUCUCCUCCGAAAAAAGGCAGGUCCGCAGACCAGGAGAAGGGGGGAUGGCACCCAGCCGGGACUGAAGGUGGAGGCGGAGAGGACCCAGGCGACGAGAAAACCAAGGCGAAGAGCGACAGCGAUGGACUCCGCGGACGCCUUCCUUUCGGCAAGGGAGCGAAAAAGAAAUCUGAUUCGCACAAGGCUUUAAAGCAUGCCAAGUCGGGGACCUACGCCGUCCGCGACGAUGCGAAGAAGCAGAGUGUGACGUGUGCCUACUUUGCUGUGAUUGGCACUGCCUUCGAUCCCUACCUGGGUCUACACGAGGCCUACGACUUGAAAGGCAGCACCGUGAGCCGCCGCGCGAAGCCACACGACCGCGUAAAGAAAGAUGUUGAUUGGCUAGAAGCCAACAGACACCUGAACAUGAGAGACGAGGAAGCUCAGACGAUUCUCCGCGCCCACCGCCUAGACUGUGAGUUCUUGGAGACGAUUUCAGUCUUCGACUACUCGCUUCUCGUCGGCGUCCACAGAUGCAAACAGAGCAUUCUCAGUCCAUCUGGGUCGGAAGCUGUCUCAGGGAUCGAUGCCCAGGGAAUGACGACGCCUCUGUCGGCGACAAGAACCUCCCUUGGGCCUCUCCGCCAAUACACCAAAAUGCAGCAACGCUCCGUGAGUCUCUCGGGACCCUCUCCGUCGAUUCUGAGUGAACAUUCUUCUCAGCCGCUGGCGUCGGAGCCUGUGUCGAUUACGCCUCUGACUUCGGCGAUUCCUCGAGAUCGUUUGGCAGGAGGUGAGACCGCAGAUUCCGCGGUUUCUCAGAAUCCCGCAACGAAUGCACCUUCUGCGGUGCAUUUGUCCAUGGCUCUCGCCUCGCCGUUUAGCUCUGCGGACGGCUUACAGCGGUCAGAAGAUUCCGAGGAAGAAGACCUCGUCAAUGACGCAGGCGACGACACCAGUCGACAUCCCGAGGUCGAGGAGGAAGAACUGCUCUUUUCGGACGCAGGAAAGGACGGCCGUCCACAGCCUGUCGCGCAUCUGGCCUCUUGCCUUACAUCGCGCGAGUCGCACCCGGCUCCUCUCCCUUCCUCUGCUUCCGUUUCGUCUGGACUCCGCUCAGCAGCUUCUCUUCUUGACACUCGGCCCUGUUGUCUGCAAGAGGCAGCCAGCCAUGGGGCAGACCCUCCGGCUUCUCUCUAUUCGUCUCGGCUUGGAACGUCGACCUCUGCUCUCGCGGAAAAAGGGGGAGUUGAACGCGAGGACGACAGAGACGCGGACGCGUCUGCAGAGCUUGCUCGUUCCCUACAGCAGAGACAGGCCGCAGAGGCGACGAGCUCUUCCUGUUCGACUCCGCGGUGCUACUGCGCUCAUGUCUCGAUGCCCUGUCCGCCGCCGGCUCCUGGGGGCACCCGGCGGGUGACGAUGAGGUGCCUGGCCUCGGGAGAAAGUGGAGACGCUUUCCGGACCGACGCCGACGGAGAGUUCGAGCGAGAGAGGAAAGCGAAAGACGGCGAAACUCUCACCGAGAUCGACACCGUUAUGUCCCUGUCGCAGCCAGCGUCAUGGCCAGAGGUGGAUUCGUCUGGACGAGCCCAGAAGGGAGACGCCGAAGAAGAGCUCGGACUGGCCACUCAGGCAGACGGCAAACACAGGGAAAGACAUCGCGCGCCAUCCCCUGCAACGUCCAGCUUGCCCCACACAAGCACUGCAUACACCUUCCUCGAAAAAAGCUGGAUGGGAACAGCCUUCAUGUCGCCGCCUUCCCCAGACAGCGGCUUCGGAGUCAAGGUGAUGAAUGCGGACAUGACUGAAAUUUACUACUUGGGAAUCAUUGAUUUCCUCACGCCUUAUGACUGGAGACGCUAUGGCCACACAGUCUAUAAGCGCCUCAAGAGCUCCGCCAAGUGUGAAUUUGGAGAGAUAUCUCCGGUGCCUCCGGCGUAUUACUCUCGGCGGCAGCAAGCAUUUCUUCGAGAUCACGUCGUGCAUGCAGUGGAUCGCGGCGGCGGUGGGGAAGCGCCGACGGCGCUUGAGAGCAUGAAUCUGCGCAUGCCUCGCCGCAGACUGAUUCGGCUGCUGAAGUCUCGCGAGCGAGAAUUCAAGGAAAAGAGUGCGUUUGAAAAGCCAAAUGCAGCUCUUGACGAAGCAGUGGGGAUCGUCGAAGCCGGCGGCCUCUGCGACGCGGGCCGAGAGAGCGACUGGUCUGCACGGCCGCCGCCACGGAAAAAGGGCAAAGAGCGUCGGCAGAAACAGCGUAGAAAGAAGCGCGAGAAGCGGAACAAAGACGCUGCUUGCACGGGAGAAAGUCAGGCGUCCGAACAGACGAAACCGAAGGACCUGCCCAGGGACACAACACAGGACGGUCAAACCCAAAGCGCGCUUCCCCACGAGGAAGGAGUCCAGGUGACAACCGCGGAACCUGCUGGAAAUCGAGAACAGAGACGGUCGACCUUCUAUGGUUUGUACAAGUUUGUUAAACCUCAGGAGGACGAUGGCCCUGAAGAAGGAAAGGCGAGACGGGAGACAAGUCCGUGUGGUGCGCCGAGAACGUAACGCACGAGGGGAAGGAAGGACCUUAAUUUCGUUGGGUUUCGAGAUUCAACGGAAACCUCCGUGUUGAGGGAAAUCUAAAGAGCUUCCAACGCGAGAAGAAGUGGAGACAGUGAGGUGAGCGUGGAGUAUUCUCCAGUUUCCAGGUUUCCACGCCGCUGCUCUUGGCAGGAUCAAGCGCAGUGGCUUCGCCGGAGACGUCGGCGGAGACACGCUGACCGGGAGCUGAUGCAUGCGCAUACGCAUGCGCCCAUGUACAUUUAGAAACUUUUUGGAUGAAUCGCGUCGACUUCGGCCCGACCUCUACACGGAGCGGGACAAUGGAUGUCGCGCUCCCGUGCUGUUUGUGAGAUGGACAGCAAGUGUAUUCUUGGAAAGCUUUGUUUGUUGCCUUGCAUGCACGCAUUCGGUACAGUCGAGCACCUUCCCCUUUUGCGGUGUGAACAAGGCUCGCUUUCUGCGCGACCCUUGGAGAGGCCUCGGAGCCUCGGUUUCACCAGAGGGGGAGAUGUAUCCCGUUCCUUCUCAUCGACUCACAUCCGUGGGUCUUGCACACAGAUGACCGUGGAUAAACAGGUACCCAAAUUCCGCGGACGCAGGCUUGUGCGAAGGUACGUGUGCUUCCUCUUUCUUUCUCUGGAGCGACGCGAUCCCCAAGUUGUCAGCGACGUAGGCCUGUGCUUCCACAGCAUGCACAGGAGAGUCUGAGACUGGCCUACCGCAGUUCAUGAGUUGACAGGUGGUUUCGCGACAGGUCGAUCCAACGAUCUUCAUACAGCUUGUGAUUGAAGACGGAAGCAGGGAGGACCUCCCGUGUGAGGCGAGGCCAGAGGGAUCCAUGAAGAGUAAGGGUGCUGCCAGGGGCAAGAUGCAAAGUUGCGGAGAGGGUAAGCACGGUGGAGAGAAGAGGGAGCGCAGACGAGGUGUGGAGUCUCUUUGUGAGGAAGGAGGAAAUGUAGAAUGAGGAUUCCCAGAGGAUGAGGCGACCAGUGGUUGCGAAAAAAAACAGACGAGGGAGAAACAGGGAGACGCAGACGCGCAUGCAUGGCCACUCAUGCCAGGCUGCUGCUAAGAGCAGCCUUAGACGCCUCCACAUUUUUCUUGAGGCGGAUUUUUUCAGCCGGCAAGCCACACGAGAUUUUCUCGACUCCAGGUUUCCGCCUUCCCAUGUCGCGAAUUCGUGAAUGUUCCAUGCCUUGAGUGAGACUGAGACGCCAGGCAUGUUCGAAGCCUUUCGCUAAUUUGAUCGUAGGUGCAUGCGGACAACUGGAUGCCUCUUGAAGCGUUGCAGGCUCCACAUAAGGGUUGCAUGCGGAUUGGGGCGUUCUGCCGUGUCAGUUCCGGUGCCCACAAUGACCUUUCUCCUUUGUGACUUUCGUGAGACGAAUGUGUGUGUGCAAACGGCAUACAUGCAGAAAUGCAUGCGUCAGUAUGUUCUAGCAAACGUCUGGAGACGCCAUAUUUACGAAGCCGAGGCCACUGUGGUCCACACGUGGCGCCGCAUGCGUUUGGCCUAUUUAUGCAUGCAGCUCGGUUUGCCUCUUUUUUUCACCUCUUUCUUGUGCCGCAAGCGUCAGUUUGCUUAGAGCGUAUAGGGGCUUGUUUCUCUGUGUCCAAAAACUCGACUUCCCAAUUGUGUCAUCGCUUCGAUGCACUGCAGAUACACAGGCGUGCUUACAUCUAAGUAUGUAUAUAUGUAUAUAUAAAUGAGUAUUCGUAUGCGUAGAUAUGGAUCGCUAUGGCCGUUGUAGACCGCUGUUGACAUCGCCUGCGUUGUCUCGCUGACCUGGAGAAAAAGGACGAUAUGCAGACGUAUCGGUGGUGCUCUUUAGAUCUCAUGUUGUACAUCUGACACAGGCGUACGCAGGCAAAUGUUUGUGUGCCUACAAGUGCGUUUGACGAAUGUGAGUGGUUUGUUUGCAUGCACGCGGUAGACGCAUUGUCUUCUCACUGUUUGUCCCUUACUUUGGCAUCCAUGAUCCACACAAACUGAGUCGCCAUGCUGCUUCCACACCUCAUUUCGGCAAAGCCUCUGUGGUGCAUUGGCUCGUUUUCGGAAGCAUCCGCGCGUGGUGCGCUGUAGUGUGAAGCGUCAAGGUUGUGUGUGUAGGCGGUCACUCGGUGUCUGUUGUUCUAACCUGAUCGUCGUAGAUGUACGCAGGCGUCGGCCUUUAUUUGAGAUCAUGCAGUGUAGGUAGGGCACCUGCAUGCAUAUGUGCGGCCUUUUCGUAGCUGGCCAGCUCCGUGUAGACAAGGUGACUGCUCUGGUCUGCUUCCCCGUUGUGGAACGCCUACAAAUUUGUCUCACGAACAUACGUUUGGGGGCGCUUCACUAGAGCAGAGAUUUGACCACGACCUUUCUGCAUUAUUUUUCGUCAAAUGCAUUUCCAUGUCCGGUGCGCAAAUCCGCAUCUGUCCAUCGAUUCCUUUUUGAAGUGUACGCCCCUCGUGUGUGCACCGCGAACCCCGCUUGGCUUUGCGGCCUCUGGUCGCCUUCCGCUUCUCAUUUCUUCGUUCCGAAUCCAGUUGAGAAACGGUUUUGUUGCAUGCGCCUUUGGCAUUUCUAACUAUGUGCGCGACAAGCCGCUUUCCAGCUCUCUUCCUUAAAGGAAUCCUGGUCACGGAUGUGGCUUACGCGAGGCUCCGGGGAACAACUUCGGCGAACAUGUUUAUAGUCAGCUAAUAAGUGAUAUAUCGGUAGCCAGUGUCUCAAGAGACGCCAGAGGAAGAGUGAAGCACGAAGAUGGAAAGUCCGUUGUUUCUUAUGGACAUGCGUGCAUGUCUAUGUGUACACAUGUGUAUGUUGUGGAAUCGAUACCCUGAUCAAUAUGAUGCGGUGUUUCCGCUAGCUGGCAUUUCCUUACCACUGUCCAGAGUUCACACGUACGUUCAAAGUGUCCUGUGCAUUUUGUAGCGUUCAUCAUCC